AGAAGGAUGUCGAGCGCGAGAUUCCUGUUGACGCGGCGCUGCACAGGUAUAAAAACUAUCAAAGGUCAUGGACAGAGAAGUCUCUCCGUAUCAUCAGCUGUGCUAGCUCGCACUCAUGUCAGUUAUGAGGUCAAGGAUAAUGUUGCUGUGGUUCGAAUCAAUGAUCCGACCUCAAAGGUGAAUACUCUGUCCAAGCACAUGCAGGCAGAGAUGGUGGAGGUGAUGAAUGAGAUUUGGGGGAAUUCAGCAGUAAAGAGCGCCGUCCUCAUCUCCAGAAAACCAGGAUGCUUCAUCGCAGGAGCUGACAUCAAUAUGAUUCAGGCCUGCAAGACAGCAGAGGAAGUGACAUCACUUUCACAGGAAGGACAGAAGAUAUUUGACCAGAUUGAGAAAUCACCCAUCCCUGUUGUGGCUGCUAUUAACGGCUCCUGUCUGGGCGGCGGACUGGAGUACGUGUUUGUGUUUUGUGUGGCAGGUCCAGGACUGAAGAGUCCAGAAGAGAGGACCAUCGAGUAUCUGGAGGAAGUGGCUGUUGAUUUUGCUAAAGGUCUUGCUGGUAAAAAAGUCACAGUGGAAAAGAAGAAAGGACUCGUGCAGAAGAUACAGGAUUUUGUAAUGGGUCUGCCGCCGGUCAGGAAACAGAUCUACAAAACUGUCCACAGUAAAGUCAUGAAACAGAGUAAAGGGCUUUAUCCCGCGCCACUGAAGAUUAUAGAGUGUGUUCAGACAGGCAUUGAAAAAGGAAACGAUGCUGGAUAUCUGACUGAAUCUCAGAACUUUGGCAAGCUGACGAUGACAUCAGAGUCCAGAGCUCUGAUUGGCCUUUAUCAUGGUCAGGUGGCAUGCAAAAAGAACCACUUUGGGCAGCCGGAGAGAGAGGUGAAAAAGCUGGCUGUCCUGGGAGCGGGGCUUAUGGGAGCAGGUAUUGCUCAGGUAACGGUAGAUAAGGGUGUGGCCACCAUCUUAAAAGACACAACAGAGGAAGGACUUGCCAGAGGUCAUCAACAGGUGUACAAGGGUCUUAACGACAAAACAAAAAAGAAGAGUCUGACGACAUUCGAGAGAGAUGGGAUUAUGUCAUUGCUGUCAGGACAGCUGGACUACCGUGACUUUGAGAAUGCUGACAUGGUCAUUGAAGCCGUGUUUGAAGACCUGUCAAUCAAACAUAAAGUGGUGAAGGAGGUUGAGGCCGUGAUUCCUCCUCACUGUAUUUUUGCCACAAACACAUCCGCUCUGCCAAUCAAAGACAUUGCAGCAGCCAGUAAGAGACCUGAAAAGGUGAUCGGGAUGCACUAUUUCUCUCCUGUGGAUAAAAUGCAACUGCUAGAAAUCAUCACCACCAAUAAAACCUCCAAAGACACAACAGCAUCUGCCGUGGCUGUUGGGCUUAAACAGGGAAAGGUCAUCAUAGUCGUGGGGGAUGGUCCAGGUUUUUACACCACUCGCUGUCUAGCGCCUAUGUUAGCCGAGGCCGUUCGAGCACUGCAGGUGUACCUGUGA